CGGAUAACUUUACAUAACGAGUAGAUUGUUGUUCAUUUCACAUUUAUUCUCUGUCGUAUCGGUCAAGUGCUAAACUACACCCUGAUUCAAACAAGCGAUGGCAUCGACAAUAGCAAACUUUUACAACAGAACGACAACUGCUGACAUGAAGGAUUGGCCACGCAAUGCCGUUUUGUACCAGCCGUAUGAAGAGGAACAGAUACUGCUGGCAGAAAAUGCUAGCUGUCUAGCGGUUCGAACCUAUCUAAAAAUGCUGGAGCUUCCUGUGGCGGUGGAGCAACGGGCCAAUGCCGAAUUUAUCUCGCCAGGUGGCCGGCGAACAAAGCUGCCCGUGCUGCGGGUGGAAAACUUCAUAUACGCCGAGUUUGAUCACAUCGUCACGUUUGUGGAGCAAAAUUUUAACAAAUCACUCAGUGUAGACCUCUCAUCGGAAGAUAAAGAUUUGAUGCGUUCGCUCAUCUGCCUGGCGGAGCAUAUGCUUACCAAUGCCGAGCAGUACAUUAGCUGGGUGGAUGCGGAUGUGCGCGACACGGUGACCAAACAACGCAAUGGGUGCGUGUUUCCGUUUCCGCUGAAUUAUGUGCAGAAUUGGCGCAAGGAAAGUGCCGUAAAGAAACAGCUUCGGAUGGCGGAUUAUCUGAACGUGAACUUGGAUAAGGUCAUUGCGGAUGUGGACCACCUGUGUCAGGAUUUGAGCAACCGAUUGGGCGAUAAUCUGUAUUUCUUCGGUGAAAAGCCUACGGAAUUGGAUGCGCUCGUGUUUGGUCACCUGUACAGUAUUUUUACCAUGAAGCUGCCUAACAACGUGCUUGCCCAAACAAUCAACAAGCACAGUAAUUUGAAAACAUUUUGCUCGCACAUCGACUUGAAUUACUUUACGGCGAUAGAAAAGGGCAAAAUGAUGAAAUAAUCUCGGGGGUGUUAUCCUGUUUGAAAAUAUAUAUAUAUAUGUGAGAUGUAUUCAGAAUGUACCGCGUAGACACUCAAUUUGAACUUUUUUAAUUAAAUUCGUAACGUCUUCUACAUAUCUGUUUCGGUUAGUUCCCGCUGCCGCUUUAGUA